AUGUUCGGAUACGAUAUUAACAAGAUAGGUUCCCCGGCUGGGGAAAUCAAGAUCCCCGAGGCGCAGGGUCUGGUGGUGGCGAUCGUGUAUCUGGUGGUAGCCGUCGUCUUCCAGUAUUUCCACUUCACGCCUGACUCGCCUUGGCUCGUGCAGUACAAUGCGGCCUUGGCCUGCAUCGGCUGCAUGGUGCUGCAGGGUUUCAUAGACGACGUGCUCGAGACACCCAGCCGUGUCAAAAUCAUAUUCCCCGCCAUCGCAUCGCUGCCUCUCCUCAUGGCCUAUUCCGGCCACACCACCAUUGUCAUUCCCAAGCCGCUGCGGCCGCUGCUGGCAGGGCUGGCUUGGUCAGGGGGGGAGGCAGCAGGGUCAGGGGGGGAGGCAGCAACGUGGGACCUUGGCGUGCUGUACAAGGUGUGCCUGGUGGUUCUCGUGGUCUUCUGCACCAACUCCAUCAACAUCCUUGCUGGAAUCAACGGGUUGGAGGCCGAGCAGACCGCUGUGAUCGCCGCUGCGGUACUGCUGUUCAACAUAUGGCAAAUUGGCGAGCUGCCGGGCUUUAAGUUGCCUCUGCAGCCGGACAUGCAGCAGGCCCACCUCUUCUCCAUCUACCUCAUCCUGCCGCUUCUUGCCUGCACGCUCGCCCUGCUGGUCUUUAACUGGUACCCCUCGCAGGUAUUUGUGGGUGACACAUUCACCUACUUUGCUGGAAUUACACUGGCAGUGGUCGGCAUUUUGGGACACUUCAGUGAGACUCUGCUGCUGCUGAUGCUCCCUCAGGUUAUCAAUGCAGUUUACUUCGUUCCCCAGCUACUCAAUAUUGUGCCGCGCCGAAGAUUCUGCCUGCCUGCCAAGUUCGACCCAGCCACCCAUCGUCUGACAGGCAGCAACGACCUCAAUCUGGUGAACCUCUUCUUGCGCCUCUUCGGCCCGUGCACCGAGGAACAGCUCUGCAUCCGCCUGCUGCUCUUCCAGGUCCUCUCUGCAAUUCUCUGCUUCACUGCCCGUCUAUUCCUUUAA